AUGGCCCCCCUACAAACUUCAAGCAACGUGUGUUCAUCCAGUUCUUCAUCCUGGAGUCGAAGAGGACGAAUUAUCACGGCUACCAUUAAUGUUCCGAGAUUAACAAAUAUUUCUCUUCCUGAGCUAAAAACAAAGGGAAUGGCAGAGGAACUUGACUUACACAAUUGCAUUGACAGAAAACGCAGCCCCAUCGAUGUCAAUAUAUUUAAAAGAAAUGAUAAUAAUGGUCAUGAUCCAUUGGUAAUGGCAAAACUCUAUGCAAUCCUGGAGGCUGUUGCAGAUAGGGUGGAGAUGUGCAAGAAUAUUGGAGAGAAAAGAAAUAAUUGGAAUUGCCUGCUUUUGACAUCGAUUAAUGCGCUCACACUCUCGGUGGCUGCAAUGGCAGGAAUUGCGGCUACAAGUGUAAUUGGUGGUGCUGCUCCGGUGGCGGCGUUAAAGCUUUCGUCCACCAUCAUGUAUCUUUCAGCAAUUGGGAUGCUGUCCAUAAUGAACAAGAUUCAACCAUCUCAACUUGCUGAGGAGCAAAGAAAUACAACUAGGUUGCUCAAGCAGCUUCACAAUCAGAUUUAG